CAACUGUCAAUUAAUUUCCAUUUUGUUUUUGGGUCUUUUGUUUACGAUAGAAAAAUGUCUAUAGAAAUAUUACAAGCGGACUGUAAACGGGCCGUUUCCCAACUGUCGUCUCUAACUAACGACGAAUUAGAUGAAAUUAUGAAUAACGAUGAAAAAAUCGAAGAAAUCUUGGCUCAACUCGAUCAGUCGUACUUGAAAGAGAUCGAACAGGAGAAGGAGACCCUAAUGGCCAGCAACAAUUCUAUGGCCGAAUUUAAUUUAUCAAAAGAGCCAGAGUUAGUCGAAGGUAGAGAAAAAUUGCGACAGUCGACCGAGGAAGGCGAACAACUCACAAAAACUGUAGAGGAGAAAACCAACGAGCUAAGAGAAAAAGGGGGUGACAUGUCGUUAGAAACUGCCUUGGCGUUGCUUCAAACAGCCGCUAGUGAGAUGGAAGAAGAAUCGGACAGCAUCGCCAAAAAGUUCUUAGAUAAAGAAAUCGAAUUGGAUGAUUUUUUAGAUGAAUUCUUAACAAAACGAGAAUUGAUGCACAUGAGGUUGAUAAAAGCAGAAAAACUGUCAAAAAUUCUGCAGAGAGACCCGUCACUUAAUAAUAUCUCCAAUUAUAUAAACUCACCCCCUGUUAACAUCAAUUCCAGCUAUUUCCCGGGGGUACCUAAUAACAUCCCCAGCUCCGUGCCUUACCCCAUUGGACCUUCCGCUGUCCCCUACCCUACCGGCCCAUUAGGUAUGCCCAUGCCGCCAACCAUGAACUAUUUCCAGAAUCAUUAUUAGGGUUAAAAUCCUCUGUUACGUUCAGUUACAAUAUAUAUUUUCAUAAAACAUUGAAUUUGUUGAAUUUCUAGGUUGUCCGAACCUACACAGACCUCAAAUUAGAUUUAAUAUAUCUUUAAUUGUAAGGAUUUAUGAGAAUAUGUAACUCGAACAGCUGGUAAACGAUUCCACGAUUUUUUUACUAUAAUUUGUUAGCUUUUUGUACAUAUAUUUUCAUAUUACAAAUUUAUGUAUAGUUAUAAAGAUAGUUUUCGUGUAACUUUGCAUUAUCUUGUGAUAUACAGUGGAUAAAUUACGGUAAAUAUUGUUUAAGACAUAUUAUACGUAUAAUAGUAAUAAAACUUGUUGAUUUUAAUGUAGAGAUUAAAAAAAGAUAAAUAUAUGUAUGCGAUAUUA